GGUUUUGUAUCUGUAGUCGUCCUGGAUCUCAACUUCAUUUAGUCUUUUUUUGUUCAUUUUAUCCCUUUGUGGUCUUUUUUUCUCUUUGUGGUCGUUUUCUCUUUUUAGUCAUUUGGGUUUUUUUGGUCGUUUUGUCUUUUUUUUUUUGUAAAUAUGUUUUAUUGAUUUUCAAAGAUUUUAUCCCACAAAAAUAAUAGAUACAAAACAUGUAUGAAAAUCAAACAAAAUAGAUUAUCAUUCAUCAGAUCUGUUUACAGAGUUAAGUCCAAAUUCCCUUCCCUAUCCCCCUCCCUACCCACCCACCCAUCCAUAGGGUCACAGGUUACGUUUGUCUCAGGUCAUUUUUGUGUCUCUUUGUAGACGUCUUGUGUCUGCAGUUGUUUCUUUGUCUUUGUAGUUCUGUCUCUUUGUGGUCAUUUUUGUUUCGUUGUAUUCAUUCUUCCCUUUGUAGUCAUUUUGUCUCUCUGCAGUUGUCUUUGUCUUUUUUUUAUUGUUUUGUGUCUCUUUGUACUCGUCUUUUGUCCCUGCAGUUGCUUUUUUUGGGUGCCUGUCUAUCCAGUAUUCCAUCCAUGGUUUCUAGUAACACUGGUUCCUAAUAUGACAGACAGGUCUGUGCUUAUGUGGCUGAACAGAAGCAGCCAGAUUUUGAAAAUCUUUUUGGGAAGUCUUUCCUUAAACUCCGUAAGAGUGGAGGCUGUUGUAGCAGCACAUUAAUGCCCAUGGGUUUUGGAACGAGGUGUUCAGCAGUCGUGUGGUGUUUGUCCGUUUUGCCUUUAAAAGGGUUGCAGGCAGUCAGACCAGGUGAGCUGGAGGCCGACAGACGACCCAGAUCCAGACGGUUGUCACAGUCAGCUCUUCCCCAUUGUAACCAGAUGUGCAGAGAUUAUGCUAUGUGUGCUGAACUUUCAAGUGACACAGUCUGGUGAAAUGAGGGUAAAAUGAUCAACAAAAAAAAAAAAAAGCAAGCUGACCUGUAUUUGAUGCCUCGACAGUACAGAUGGCCAUCUCUGGGGAGCUUUUUAGGCUGAAAAGUGAAAAGACAUCUCUUCCAUCCUGCAUGUUUAUCCCAAUUUCGGGAGGUUUUUCAUGUUACUCUUGAAAGGUCACGUGGUCUCUAAUGUGCUGAGUAGGUUUCAUAACCACUGAACCAGUGACACCCAUUAAAAACCCUGUUGUAUAAUCUGUGUCAUUUAGAAAACAAUAUUUUAGGGACAUUGAAAGUCGGGUGAACGCUUUCAGCUCUGAAGAGGAAGAUGAUCCACACAGCUUGGACAGUAGCUUAUUUCACAAAUAAUAUCGAUCUCCUCUCAUCAGAUCAUAUUCCACGCUGAUCCCCUAAUCCAUUUCAACAUCUGCAUUUCAAGUUUUAUGUCCAACUUCAUGCUGUGUGUGUGUGUGUUGGUGUAAUCUGUGUGUUUCCAAGUUGCAGCUCUGCCUCGUCGGUUUGAUCUGAGAGCUUCGCUUUACUUCUGUAAUCCUGCCAACCGCCUAUCUCCAUCUCCAUCUCCACCCAUCCCUCCCUCCAUCACUCCAUCCAGGGGAUUUGACUGCCAUUAAGAGAUGGCUUUUUGCUCUGUGCAUGUGUAUUAUGGAACACACACAUACACAGUGAAAGGGGGGGGAGGAUGAAGUGUAAAAACACAACCACACACACACUUUUGCUGGAGAACUGUGUCAGGCAGAAGCAUCAGUUACGCCGCUGAAGGUGCACCGUGCAGACUGAUAUGGGGACGGACAGGAUGGACACAUGCACGGGUAUUUGGACCGUGACUUUUAACACACAUGGAUGCAACUGUCUGGAAAGAUCUACAGACCUCCGUUAAUCCUGGCAUGUCCCAGAUGAGAGACUACAGUAAUGAUUGUCAUCACUUUCACUGUGCUGUGCCUGCUGCCUCAGGCGGUGCUGGCCCGGUGGGCGUGCGUUCGGGCGUGUCCGGCAACCUGCUCCUGCACCCAGGAGAAGAGCUGCAGCGUGCUGUGUGACCGCACCAGCAUGGCUGAGCUGCCCAAAGAGUUCCCCUGCGAGGCCUCCGCCAUCAACCUGGACAAGAACAGACUCAAGUUCCUGUCAGAGAGGGCCUUCGGGACCCUGCCCUCCCUCAAGCUGCUCUCUCUGGACCACAACAACAUCUCCUUCAUUACCCCUGGAGCCUUCAAGGGCCUCGCCAACUUAGUGGAGCUGAAAAUGGCACACAAUGACUACAUCAGUUACCUUCAUACGCGGACGUUCACGGGGCUGAAGAAGCUGGUGCGCCUGGACCUGUCAAACUGUAACCUCUUCAACAUCCCCGACCGCAUCUUCAUCGAGACAACGGCGCUGAGGGAGCUGCUCUGCUUCGAGAACAUGUUCAGGAGGAUCCCCGGAGCCUUCAGGGGCAUGGAGAACCUGACUCACCUCUACCUGGAGAGGAACAAGAUUGAGGCGGUGGCCUACAACUCCCUGCUGGGCCUGGGUGGCCUCAAGUACCUGAACCUCCAGGAGAACCGCAUCAACGUGAUCCACGACCAAUCCUUCCAGGACCUUGUGCGACUGGAGAACUUCUACCUCAACGACAACCUGCUGACUGAUCUGCCCCUUCAAGCCUGCAAGGGCCUCAUCCGCCUCAAGAUGCUCAACCUUGGGGGGAACCUGUUGACCAACGUGUCCAAGACCUGGUUCAGUGACCUGGUGGAGCUGGAGGUCCUGUACCUGGACAGGAACCAGCUGCUAAACAUCCAGGAAGGCACCUUUGAGAACCUGACCAGCCUGGUCACGCUCCACCUGAACAGCAACAACCUCACCUCCUUUCCCUUCCCCGUUUUCCAGCCCAUCUACUUCCUGGGCCGCCUCUACCUCUUCAGGAACCCCUGGGAGUGCGACUGCUCCCUGGAGUGGCUGAAGGAGUGGAUGGAGAGCUACAAGCUGGUGCGGGACAUCCCCUGUGCCUCUCCUUCCUCCGUGGCGGGACUAGAUCUCGGCGAGGUGGUUUUCGCCAGGGCGAACGGCACGUGCGUGGACCCCGGAGAGCUGAACCUGACCACGGCCUUGUCGGAGGUCGCCUCCACCACGGAGAACCGCUUCAAUAGCCUCAUUUCCAAAAUGCUCCAGCAGGAGCUCAGAGAGGAGAUGGGGAACGGGACAGAGAGCCUUCGCAACGGGACUCUACUGGAGGGCGAGGACGGGCAGCUCUCUGGAGGGGUCGGAGGGCAACGGGCCCAGGCAAGCCAAUCGCUUCUCUGCUUCCUUGUAGUGUGGCUCAUCUUUGAUUUGAUUGGCCAGCCAGAUCUUAAUUACUGUCUAUCUUGCACAUGAGAACUGCGGAAAUGUGGGGUUUGCUUCCUGACCCACUGAAACGAGGAGUAACUUUUCAAAUUGCCGAUGAGAUAAAGGAUGAUUUCAUUUAUCCAUGAAAGCAGAGAGGAAUACGCGUGUGGCUGGUGUGAGUCUGCCCUGCCAAACAUCGCAUUUGGGGAUUUUUUUUCUGUUGAAAUGCAACCAUGGUGAACUGAUUUUUCCAGCUUUAUCUUCAGAGGAAAGACUGACGUUGACAUGGCGGUGUUUAUUAUCACAUGAGCUAUAAUCUAUGAUAUUUAUAGAUUACAUAUCUGAUGCAUAUCUCUCAUCCUAAAGCUGUGCGGUCGCAGGAUUUCUACAGUCACAGAGGCGGGUGUUGAUGUCAAAGUGUGGAUUACCGUGGCGACGUGAUGAAAACGUAUAUGUGAACCUCCACAUUUUUGUUGCAUAAUGCUCAAUUUUAAUUAAUAUUAUGUAAUAUUCGUAGCAUUACAUAGUCUGUUGCGAGUGUUUUUUCUUUUUUGUAUUUUCAUUCACAUCUAUGUGUAAAGUUAAAGGAGAUAAGAGCUCCU